GCUCCUUCGCGAUUGUUCGACUUCGCUCCUUCGACGACUUUACCUUCCUGUCGGAUCGGAAUUACGACAUUUUGAUCGGAAGCAAGAACAGGAGCUCGCUGGAUGUGAAGUUAACUUUCUCCCUUUCGCGCACUUCUAAUUAUAAAUCCCGUUAAAUCCACCGAAGCUAGGGAUUUAGUAAAUCCGGGAUUUAAACCGUUUGGCCGGAUUUAGCGUAAAUCCGACUUAAAUCCCACGAUAAAUCCGAUACCAAACAGCCCCUAAAGGUUGCGGGGUUCGGCUUCUGCAUUCUUCUUUCUUCGCUUUGCUCGUCGCUUCGGUGCUAACCGGAAUGGCGGAGGAUUCUAUUCUGGGGUUUUUGCAGAACAACGAGGCGAUCCCAGACUCGCAUCAAUUCGCUGCCAGUGUCGGCAUCGAUCAUAACGAGCUCGAGAAUGUUAUCAAGAGUCUUCGUGGUUUUGAAAUUGUUGAUGCUCAGGAAUUCCAGAAAGAUCGGUGGUUUCUCAAAGAAGAGGGCAGGAUGUACGCACGGGAGGGAUCACCGGAGGUUCAGCUGUUCAACGCAGUGCCUCCUGAGGGGAUUUCUAAAGAGGAACUGCAGAAAAAGGUUAAUCCCACGGUUUUCAAGAUUGGAUCUUCCUGGGCAGUAAAGAAGAAAUUGGUGGAGAUUGGCAGGCAAGGAGUUUCUAGAAAGGUUGAUUAUGUUGAAGACAAAAUCCAAGGUUUUCUACAGCAGAUUGAAAAAGGAGAGGUUGUUGAUGAGAAAGAUCUUGGAGAACUUAAAAAUAGGAAGCUUAUCGAAUUUAGGCCAUUGAAGGGUUACUCUUUAAGGAAAGGUCCAAAGUACGUUUCAAAGAGGAAAAAGGCAGCAACAGACUUAACGCGGGAGCAUUUGUUGAGGGGGGACUGGAGGGAUUUAGAAUUCAAAGAGUAUAACCUUAGUGCUCAAGUACAACCUAUUCAAAUUGGUUAUCUCCACCCUUUGCUUAAGGUGCGUGAUGCCAUCCAAAGCAUCUUUCUUCAGAUGGGCUUUGAAGAAAUGCCAACUAAUAAUUAUGUGGAAAGCAGCUUCUGGAAUUUUGAUGCUCUCUUCCAACCUCAACAGCACCCAGCUCGUGAUUCACAUGAUACUUUCUUUCUCAAAGUUCCUUCGUCUACAAGAGAAUUACCUGAAGAUUAUGUUGCCAAGGUGAACCGUGUUCAUGAAUCUGGCGAUUAUGGAUCCCUAGGGUAUAGGUACAAAUGGAAACGGGAGGAAGCAGAGAAGAACCUGCUUCGAACUCACACAACUGCAGUAUCUGCAAGGAUGCUAUAUAGUUUGGCUCAUCAGAAAUCUUUUAGUCCCAAGAAGUAUUACUCUAUUGAUCGUGUUUUCCGCAAUGAAGCUGUAGAUCGAACACAUCUUGCAGAAUUUCAUCAGAUAGAAGGUCUCAUUUGCGAUCGAGGUCUCACCCUUGGUGAUCUUUUUGGAGUAUUGGAGGAUUUUUUUGCCCGUCUUGGCAUGGCCAAGCUACGCUUCAAACCUGCUUAUAAUCCAUACACUGAACCAAGCAUGGAGAUUUUCAGUUAUCAUGAAGGUCUGAAGAAAUGGGUUGAAGUCGGAAACUCCGGUAUGUUUCGUCCCGAAAUGUUGCUGCCAAUGGGUCUUCCAGAAGAUGUUUCUGUAAUUGCAUGGGGGCUUUCACUUGAGAGGCCCACAAUGAUUUUGUAUGGCAUUGACAACAUUCGGGAUCUCUUUGGACCAAAGGUGGAUUUCAAUGUUAUAAAGAACAACCCAAUCUGCAGGCUGGGACUGGAAUAAAAAGCUUGUAAGUUGAAAUCCCAUUUUUCUUGAAGAAAAACAAAAACAACAGGAGCCUUGAAUAUUUACUCCAUUUGUUGAACCAUUGAAGAUACACAGCAAGAUCAUAACAGUUUUGUUAUGUUAUUUUUAUCCACCCAUUCAAUCAUAUAAUACUUGAAAUUGUAGGAAGGUGUAAAGAGUAUUAUUGUUAUUUAUACUGUAAUUUUAUUUGUGCUUCUACCUUAA